CACUCACUCACUCACUCACUCACUCUUACUCAUUUACCCAUUCUAUUUUUCUCGAGUGUUAUUUACCAUAUACGAUUUACGAAUAUUCAUAUCGUGUAUUAUUAAUCACGUGAUCACGUUUGAAUAAUAACAAAAAAAUUAAAGAAAAAAAGAUAAUAAUUCGUGUUGCCAUUUUUAAUGAUCAUUCUCGUGUGAAUUUUUGUUUAUUAUUUUAUUUCUUUUUUCUCUUAAUCUAUAUUAAUUAUACCUUACACGCGUAUUUACGUUAAAUCAUUUUGUGUUUUUUUUCGAGUGUGUUAUUCGCAUGGAAGAAAAGAUAAAUAUUAGAAAAAUGUUUUUAAAAUUUCGUAUAUAAAACGUCAAUUGGAAGGAAUAUAAUGUUGAGAUUAUUAUAUUAAUUUGAGAAGAGUCCAAGCUGAUGGAGAAUGAUGUUAGAUGGGAAAGAAGAUUCAUCUCCCGAGAUCGAAAAAUGGCCACUGGGAGAGAAACGUGCUGGCUAUCCACGCUAAUAGAAUAAAAAGAUAGAAAGAAAGGCUUUUUAAACAAUGACGACAACUUAAAAUAGACCGUUUCAAGUUGGAACGGAGACAUGUAUUCGAUGAACGAGUGGAUAGAUAAAUAUAAAAAUAAAAUUUAAAGCCGUUUAAAAGGUGUGUCGACCUCUAUCCACUUGUGCAUUUUCGAGGUGACAACGAUCCGUUGAACGGAAUCAAUUGCAUCAUGUUCGGGACGAAAUUGCGCACGUGGAUGGAGGCACACAUUGUGCGAUCUAAGAAAAAGAAGGAUCGUAAAAAAGGGGAUAAAGGAUUCGACUCUAACUGCAACUCGCCUAGAAGUCACAGUGCCAAUAGAUCACCUGCUUUGCAUCAAGUACAUCCUGUGGAUUCUCCAACAAAGAACGGCGUAGACGGGAUUCGAUUGCACGGUGGAUCCAGUGGUGGUGUUGGUGGUGGUGUUGGUGGUGGUGUUGGUGGUGGUUACGCUGGAACGGUGACCACCUCUUCCGGUACGUCCGGUGGUACCGGAAGCGUGAAUCUUUCGUCUCCGGAAAGUGCCUACAGUACCGGAUAUUCGACGGACGGUACGUCGCCCGGUACGAGCUUUCCGCCCGAGUAUUACAUCAAUAUCAGGACGGGCACGCAUUAUUUUCAAAGUAACAAUAAAGGUAGGGCGCAGGGAAAUGCGGGGAGGAUCGAAGACAGAUCUAACUCAGAGUCUACCAAGUCUACGAACAUGACCGGUGACAGUAAGCAGCUCAAGGACGUUAGAACCAGCACCCCGGCCAAGCUAAAUACGCUUAGCUCCGAAGCCCCCCCGAUCAAUCAUGGAUCAAAACAACCACAACAACAACAGCAACAACAACCGCAACAACAAUUGCAACAACAGCAGCAACAACCGCAGACUCCACAAAGACAGCAAGAAAAUUCCCAUAGAAGAACAGAAUCUUUCUCAGCUGAUUCCUCAAGGAACAAUCUUCCUAUACCAUCCUCGAUACCUCCCCCACUAGUUUCACCAACCGUACAAUCACCACGUGAACGAUCACGAAUAAGAACGAAUCCUUGGUUGUCGGCAAAUUCUUCUGGUUCCAGCACAACUGGAUUCAAAUCUAGGCUAACCCUCGAUGAGACUAGCAGUAGUUCAGGUCUCAAAUUGACUGAAUCUUCUGGUAGCGCAAGUGACGUCAAUGUUAACAGCACGAGAGAAAGUUUAACCAAAAAGGAACACCGUCAAGAAAGUCUCAGCGCUGGACGUAGUCCGAUCAAUCAAAAUUGGAGGAUCCUACCAGGCAUGGAUAUCAAACCAAAAAUACCAUUGGCUAUGCAACGUCGUACAAGCAGCAGUAGUUCAUCUGGAUCAUCGGUAACAAGGAGUGGUCGUUCAUCCGAGGAUGACAUUACGUUAAACGAGAUGAUGGGAAAAUUCGAUGAAAGUUACGUCUACGAAAAGGAAACUGAUAUCUUGUCGGAUAGCGACCCAACCGAUUGCGAGGAUUACAUUGACUCUUUAUCAGACGUUGAUACCGGUCAAGAUGGUGGUGAUGAGAACGAUCCCUUCGAAAACGAUUUUGAUUACAUCGACAAUGGUUCCUUCCUCGAUUUAGAUAAUCUCGAUUGUACAGGAAAUUUUCCCAAUACCGGUCAUUGUACUUACUUCACGUUUACGAGCGAACUUAGCAGGCGUGGUACAAGGUUGAGGGAAUCAUUUUUGAAACGUAGAAACAAGGAUGAAAUUCUUCCACAGAGGACGAUGAGUAUAAGGAACGCUGCAAAGAGGCAAAGUAUUCGUUAUAAGAAGACAGAUGAAAAACAAAGUGAGAAACGAAAGAAGAGAAUCUCUCAACGUAGGAAACCAAACAUGGAAAAGUUGGACGACGAGACAGCGAAUUUAAAUCGAGUCUUGGUAGAGAGAAUGUUGCUAAAGAAUUCUGGAUUUAAUCAGGGUAGUAGAAGCGUGGGUGGAACGCCUAUAUGCCUGCGUCGUAAGAAACACGAUGUUAAUAAAAAUCUAUCCCCUAUGAGGUUGAACGAUAAUAAUCAAUCGAUGGUUCAACCUACGAUCGUCGAAAACGAGGUCGUCAAAAGACGUUCUAAUUCGGUGAGUUACGUUAAUGGAAAUAUUGUGAGAAGACAGGUCACUGGAAACACAUAUAUGACAACAUUCGCGUCAGAAAUAGCACUUAUCGAAGCGGAUAAGGAAGCCGACAGGAAAUAUCGCGAGUUGAUUAUGGAAGCUGAAAAUAUCUUGGUAAAUAUGCAAAAGAAUCAAAGCCCCUUACCGAUCGUACCCUCGCCGUCACGAAAGUUUCAUAAUGGCCUGGCGAACAAACGCGUCGAAUUAAUCAAGAACACCGAAUUGAACAUCGAACUUGCUUUAUCCAAAAGUAGAAAUUCUCAACCAGAAUUACAGAGCGGUAAUAUCAGGGAUAUAGAACAUACCAGUCCGAAAAGACAAUUUACACAGCCCUGUUCUCCGGUUCAUCGAUUUAUGGAAAGAAAUUCGUGCGGAAACAUAUCAAGGGACGUUCCAUUUAAACAGGAACUUUCCAAUUGUCCUGAUUCACCUUACGUAGCUAGAAGAACACCGCAAAGUUCACCUAGCAGAAGUCUCGUUCAUUCUCGUGUACGUGUUUGUCCUACGACUGGUGGAAAAGAUAAUGGACGAGCUCGUGUACUGUUAAAUUGCAAUGGAGUACCUCAUUCUGGUAUUGAAACAACAGAGUGUCAACCAUCCCAAGGUUCAUUCUCAAAUAAGACUACUCAAUUUUUUCCGCAACAACAACAGCAUAGAGAUUCUUCACGACUAACGAUAGAUAAUAGGAAGGAUUCGAGAGUUUCAAGAUCGAUGAAGGAAGAAGGUGUGACUUCUAGUUCGUCGGAUUCUGAAGAAAAGUGUGACAUCAGGCGGAGACCUCCUCUGAUGACGUUCAGAUCGAUCGACAUGGGCCCGAUCAAGGAAGGUUCUUCUUACUGUCCUCAAAGUGAACCAGUUAAAAGAAAGGUUUACGCCGGUAGUGUAACUUACGGUAGGAUACAAAAGACAUUAGGUCAUCAUCAUCAUAAUCAAAUGUUACUAAGAAAUUCAGAUGGUGAUACGGCCACCGAUGACACCGGUGAGCCCUCAAAUAUUUUCACAAACUUCGUUGUCCCUUAUCCGAGAAGAUCAUUUCUAAACUCUAUCGUAUCACUGGAUUAUUCAGAUGAUUCUCGAAGAUCCUUGAAGGAGAAAGUAGCACAACUACGUCAAGAACGUUUAGCUGCGGAAUCCAACGCUAAUAUUCAAGACUCUCAACUAUUUCAACAACAGCUUACCCAAUUACGAAGACAAAUGUUGAUGCAAACUAUAGAAGGUUUAAAACGUAGUCUGGAAGAUCAAUCAGCUACAUUAAAGCAAACAUGUUUAGAGCCUGUACUGUCUGACGAAUUGCCUUGAACUUAACACUAUGAUGCUUAUCAAUACUACUAUUAUUACUAUUAUUUAUAGAAAAUACCAAAUCAUCCUUUCACGAAUGAGAAAAGCUGAAUUUCUUCUCUUCAGCGAUACACGACCACAAACUCCGUUGUGUGGUAACUUUGACUAUGAACACACAUACAGCAUUCGACUUUAAAAAAAAGAAACCCUUGUUUCACAGUCAUUACGAUGCAACCUGAUUACGACUGAUGAAUUUACAAAAUUACUACUGCUCGGGUGCAUGCAAGAUGAUACAAAAGAUAAAAUAUAAUAAAAGAAACAAUAUAAUGAGAGUAAUAUAAUCGUGAAAAUACUCAAAUUUAUAUAGAUAGGUAGAUCGUCGAUUGAUAAUUUUAAAGAAAAAAAGAACAAAAAUACACUGUCGAAUGACGGAGAAAGAAAGAAUCUGCUGUAAGUAUUUUUCAGGAACGUUCUUUGUAUUCUCUCCGAAUUUCGUUAGCGUACUUUUAAUCAUCGAAUUGUAACAAUAUCAUUUCACUGAAGAUUAAAGGGGAUCUAAGAUGGCAGAGAUAACGAUGGAAGAAAAAUAAUAUACUAUAGCUGAAUUACUACCGAAUGCUGUGUGACAACUCUAAUGAAUUACGCUAAACGAAUCGAUGUAUUUUUCUGCCCUGUCUCUGUAAGUGGUAAGAAGACCCAUUCGUAAUUGAAAGAUGUUGCA